UCGCCUACUAGCAGACUUAUGCCUGCUUGCUGCUUAAGCGCCCGCCACCAGCCACUGUCUCUCGUGGUGGUGUUUUGUCUCCACCAAGAAAGAAAGACCCGAUCCGAUUCGAUCCUCCAGUCUAUAAAGCAGCUCCCCAAAAAGUAUCUAUAGAAGUAUAGAUACACAAAAGUCAGCACAAAACAGUAUCUCUACCAGGCUAAAGGCAAGCAGUUCUGCUCAGUUCAGUUGCUCAGAACAGCACACAAUCAACCUGGGAAUUGGUUGGUAGAUGGAACAUAUCAACACAAAAACGACAAAAAAACAACAACAACAACAACUAAAAACGACGACAACAACGACGAUGUUUUUCUUCGCCUCCAUCAUGGAGAAUCGACCUUUUUCAGUUUGAUUCCAGACUUGGUUAGAGUAAGACGCGCGGGCAAGAUCGAUGUGCGUUCCAUUUAUUCGUUGUUGGUGUUUUUUUUUUUUCUCUUCGUUAAAUGUAUCUAGAUACUCGAUUUCUGCACUAAAUUUUGUUUCCUUCCUCGACGAUUUUUCCCUUGUUUUUGUUGUCUUUUUUUGUCUUCAAUUCGAAUUUUGUUUAUAUUUCUGAUGCUGCUGCUGGGCGGUUGUAUCUUUAAGAUACCAUUUGUUGAUAAUCAAUGUUUUUGUUAGUUUAUUGGAAGAUUUUAGAUUGAAUUUUGAAGUUCCCUAGAAAAGAUAAACUCCAUAUCGCGACACGGGUCCCCGAAAAUCUUUGUAUCUAUCCCAAAUUUUUCCCCCAAAUGUGAUGUAUUUUUGAAGUUCUUCUUGUGAAAUGAAAAUUUAAUGAAAUGUGAAGAAAUUAAGUUCAAAGAUAUAAAUUUUGGUUAAAAAGAUAAAAAAAAAAAAUAUUUAUAUCCAAAUAACCAUAUCUUCAGUGUGCUUCGGUUUUUAUUCCUGGAUAACGAUAAGGUGGUCGAACCACAGGAGGAGGCUCAACUUUUCGGAUAAAGUCGAAAAAAAAAGAGUUCAAUUGUUAAAAAAAAAAAUCAAUCCAAUGAAGUUGUUAUAUCGUUUUAACUUAUGGCAUUUUGGUAAAAAAAAAAUAUAAAAAAUAAAUUGUGUUAAAUAAAUUACAACAAAAAAAAAAAAAAAAUCAAGUGUGAGAUAAAAUUGCUAAAAUUUAUUGCAAAUUAUCAUUGUGCUAAAAUUUGUGAAAAAAAAAGAGAAUCAUUUUAAAUGAUUCCCUGUGUCAGUUUAACCGAAACCAGUGUACUGGGCAAUAUGAAAGAAAGAGUUAAAGAAAUGAAGGUCUUCGGAUGCCGAUUAAAUUUUUGGAAUAAUAUUGGACAUAGCCUGACGAGUUCUAAAGGCACAGGAAGUUCUCCCGCCCAGAAUUCGACACGGAGCAUAAGUCCAAAUAAUUCAACGUCCACCAGUCAAUUUAGCCUGCAUCAUAAUAGUUCGGGUAGUUUAGGUAGUUCUACGCCCACCUCAUCUCAUCUGCCGUCAUCCGUUUCAACAUUUAAAACGUCAACAAGUAUUGUGAACGGAAACGGUACGGUUAUUUUGGAUAACACAAUGCCAGGUGGUAUUCCGACGCCCGGUACUCCAAAUUCAAAAGCUAAGGAUAACUCGCACUUUGUGAAAAUCGUCGUUGCACUAUAUCCUUUCAAAGCCAUCGAAGGCGGUGAUCUCUCCCUUGAAAAGAAUGCUGAAUACGAGGUAAUUGAUGACUCUCAAGAGCAUUGGUGGAAAGUCAAAGAUCAGCACGGAAAUGUUGGCUACAUACCUAGUAAUUACGUCAAGCCAAAAGCUCUUUUGGGUCUUGAACGAUAUGAAUGGUAUGUCGGUGAUAUGUCCCGACAGCGAGCUGAGUCUCUGCUUAAGCAGGGCGACAAAGAAGGCUGUUUCGUAGUUAGAAAAUCAUCCACAAAAGGUCUUUACACCUUAUCGCUACAUACCAAAGUUCCACAAUCGCAUGUUAAGCACUAUCAUAUUAAACAAAACGCACGUGGAGAAUACUAUCUCUCAGAGAAGCAUUGCUGUGAAACAAUUCCUGAUCUUAUCAAUUAUCAUCGACACAAUUCGGGAGGCCUAGCCUGUCGUUUAAAGUCAUCGCCCUGUGAUAGGCCUGUACCGCCAACAGCUGGAUUGUCUCAUGAUAAAUGGGAAAUCCAUCCAGCGGAACUGGUGCUCGGUGAGGAGCUUGGCUCUGGCCAAUUCGGUGUUGUGCGCCGUGGCAAAUGGCGCAGUUCAAUCGACACAGCUGUUAAAAUGAUGAAAGAGGGUACAAUGUCUGAGGAUGACUUCAUUGAAGAAGCCAAAGUUAUGACCAAAUUACAACAUCAAAAUCUGGUCCAACUUUAUGGAGUUUGUUCGAAACAUCGCCCAAUUUACAUUGUGACUGAGUACAUGAAACAUGGAUCCCUGCUAAAUUAUUUGAGACGACAUGAGACCACUUUGAUUGGUAAUAUGGGUCUGCUAUUGGAUAUGUGCAUUCAAGUAAGCAAAGGAAUGGCAUAUUUAGAAAGACACAAUUAUAUCCAUCGAGAUUUGGCUGCUCGCAAUUGUUUAGUGGGUUCGGAGAAUGUUGUGAAAGUGGCUGAUUUUGGAUUAGCCCGAUAUGUUUUGGAUGAUCAGUAUACUAGUUCUGGCGGUACCAAGUUUCCUAUUAAAUGGGCACCACCAGAGGUCUUGAAUUACACUCGAUUCUCGUCAAAGAGUGAUGUUUGGGCGUAUGGUGUCCUUAUGUGGGAAGUGUUCACAUGCGGCAAAAUGCCAUAUGGCCGCCUUAAGAAUACUGAAGUUGUUGAACGUGUCCAGCGUGGAAUUAUUCUAGAGAAACCAAAGUCCUGUGCUAAGGAAAUUUAUGAUGUAAUGAAAAAAUGUUGGUGUCACUGUCCCGAGGAUCGUCCAUCGUUCCGAGUUCUUAAAGAACAACUCGCAUUAAUUGCUCAAACUUUAACCGAUUAAGCAGUAUGUGUAUAAUGGAUGGCAUCUUAAUAAUGCGCUCUCACUAGAAUGAUCAAAAAUUUAAAAAAAAAAGAAAAGAAUUUUAGUAAAAGAAAUGAAGAAGAAAAAAUAGAAUAGCGACUAAAAAAAAUCUCAUCUAUAAUUACAAGAAAAAAAAAAAAAAUACAGAAAUAAGAAUCUAAAUAUAUCUCCUCCUCAUAAUCAUUAGAACAAAUUUUAACUAUUAAUCGUUGUUUUUUUUUUUUUUGUAUUUAAUCUUUUUUUAAUUUUUACUUAAAAAUAAAAUCAUAAUUUUCAAUAUUAAUUAUAAAACAGAAAAAUAAAAGAAAAAUGUGAGAACUUUUAUUAAAUAUAUAUAUAAACUUUAAAGAAUAUAUAAACUACAGUGUAAGAGACGUACGACAAAGAUAAACAAUUUUAGAUAAAAUUAUGUAAAUUUAUAUAAAAAAAAAUGAAAAACAGAAAAUUAUAAUUUAAAUUUGAACAAAAAAAAAAUAUAUAAAAUUUAAGUUUAUAUUUAAAUAAAAUAAACAAAAAAUAACUAAAAAUACAUUAAACAUUUUAUAUCGGAUUUUUUUGUACAACCAAUCAAUAUGCUUUUUACAAAUUUAAGAAAAAAAAAAACAAAAUUUUAACUAAAAAAUAAAAUAAAAAAAUAUUAUAUGAAUGGAAAAUAUAUUAUAUAAAAAUAAAACAAAAAAUAUAUUAUCUCAUAUAAAAAAAAUGCAUAUAACUAUGUAUAUCUAGAAAAAGUAACGCUCAUAAAUUUAAAAACAAAAAACUAUUUCUUAAAAUAAAAGAAAUUAUAUAAAAGAAAUACUUUUUUUAAAGCCUUAAAAAUAUAUUGCUGUAUAUUUAGUUUAUUUUGUAUGUUUUAUGUCAACUAAUAAAAUUAAAUUUAAUUUUUAAAAAUAUUAAUUGUAAUUGUGCUAUAUAAAAUGAUUUUAAUUGGCAAUACAUAAUAAUUAUUUUUAAAUUUUAAUAUUCAAUAAAAAUGCCUGAAUUGCGAAAUGCGCGCUGAAAGAAAAAAGAAGUAAAAAUAAGAUAUUUUAUGUGUUUUAAGAGAAAUACUGAAAAGAUAAAAACUUUUUUAUUCUAUAAUAUAGAAUGUUUGCGAUUAUAUUUUAUGUUUUUUUGUGAUUUAUGUUUAAUUAUUAAAAAAGAAAUAAGAAAAAAUUAAUGAAGUGAAAACAAAGAAUUUGCUUUGAUUUAAAAUAAUAAUAAUAAUUUUAAUUAUGUAUAAUGUAUCUCGAAUUUGAAACUCGAAUAAUGUUUUAAAACAAUUUCUAUAGAUAAUAAUAAUUAUUAUUUACGUUUUGCUCAAAUUUUUGUUUUCUUUUAUUUAUUUCAGAAUUUUUUUUUCGCUCUUUUGCUUGAAUAUUAUUAGUUUUCUUUUUCAUAAAUCGAAAUGAGAAUAAAAGAAUGUUUUUUUUUAGUUUCUCCAAAUGUUUCAUAUUAUGUAUAAUUUUAUUAUUUUACUUUUUAAAAAUAUAAUUGUACUGUGUAUGGCCUUGAUUUUAAUGAAAUAUAAAUAUAUAUUUUAAUUGUAAACAUUUUAUAAUAUUAUUUGUUUUAUUUUUGUUGAUGAGUGAGUUUGUUUGUUUGAUUCUUUUUUGGUUCAGAAUUUGGGUUCUGUUUAGUUGAUAGCUUAUGUUUUAAUUUAUUUUUGUAUGGUUUAGAAGACAGUUUUUAAAUACACCUGAGAUGACUAGUUACAAGGAUUGAAGGAAUGAAAAAGACUGGGCUAUAAAACUCUCGC